AUGGAGGGAAAUAAGGGGGAGGUGAGGGAUGGGGAGGUGAGGGAUGGGGAGGUGAGGGAUGGGGAGAUGAGGGAUGGGGAGGUGAGGGAUGGGGAGAUGAGGGAUGGGGAGGUGAGGGAUGGGGAGAUGAGGGAUGGGGAGGUGAGGGAUGGGGAGAUGAGGGAUGGGGAGGUGAGGGAUGGGGAGGUGAGGGAUGGGGAGAUGAGGGAUGAGGACAUGAGGGAUGGGGAGAUGAGGGAUGAGGACAUGAGGGAUGGGGAGAUGAGGGAUGAGGACAUGAGGGAUGGGGAGAUGAGGGAUGAGGACAUGAGGGAUGGGGAGAUGAGGGAUGAGGACAUGAGGGAUGGGGAGAUGAGGGAUGAGGACAUGAGGGAUGGGGAGAUGAGGGAUGAGGACAUGAGGGAUGGGGAGAUGAGGGAUGAGGACAUGAGGGAUGGGGAGAUGAGGGAUGAGGACAUGAGGGAUGGGGAGAUGAGGGAUGAGGACAUGAGGGAUGGGGAGAUGAGGGAUGAGGACAUGAGGGAUGGGGAGAUGAGGGAUGAGGACAUGAGGGAUGGGGAGAUGAGGGAUGAGGACAUGAGGGAUGGGGAGAUGAGGGAUGAGGACAUGAGGGAUGGGGAGAUGAGGGAUGAGGACAUGAGGGAUGGGGAGAUGAGGGAUGAGGACAUGAGGGAUGGGGAGAUGAGGGAUGAGGACAUGAGGGAUGGGGAGAUGAGGGAUGAGGACAUGAGGGAUGGGGAGAUGAGGGAUGAGGACAUGAGGGAUGGGGAGAUGAGGGAUGAGGACAUGAGGGAUGGGGAGAUGCGGGAUGAGGACAUGAGGGAUGGGGAGAUGCGGGAUGAGGACAUGAGGGAUGGGGAGAUGAGGGAUGAGGACAUGAGGGAUGGGGAGAUGAGGGAUGAGGACAUGAGGGAUGGGGAGAUGAGGGAUGAGGACAUGAGGGAUGGGGAGAUGAGGGAUGAGGACAUGAGGGAUGGGGAGAUGAGGGAUGAGGACAUGAGGGAUGGGGAGAUGAGGGAUGAGGACAUGAGGGAUGGGGAGAUGAGGGAUGAGGACAUGAGGGAUGGGGAGAUGAGGGAUGAGGACAUGAGGGAUGGGGAGAUGAGGGAUGAGGACAUGAGGGAUGGGGAGAUGAGGGAUGAGGACAUGAGGGAUGGGGAGAUGAGGGAUGAGGACAUGAGGGAUGGGGAGAUGAGGGAUGAGGACAUGAGGGAUGGGGAGAUGAGGGAUGAGGACAUGAGGGAUGGGGAGAUGAGGGAUGAGGACAUGAGGGAUGGGGAGAUGAGGGAUGAGGACAUGAGGGAUGGGGAGAUGAGGGAUGAGGACAUGAGGGAUGGGGAGAUGAGGGAUGAGGACAUGAGGGAUGGGGAGAUGAGGGAUGAGGACAUGAGGGAUGGGGAGAUGAGGGAUGAGGACAUGAGGGAUGGGGAGAUGAGGGAUGAGGACAUGAGGGAUGGGGAGAUGCGGGAUGAGGACAUGAGGGAUGGGGAGAUGCGGGAUGAGGACAUGAGGGAUGGGGAGAUGAGGGAUGAGGACAUGAGGGAUGGGGAGAUGAGGGAUGAGGACAUGAGGGAUGGGGAGAUGAGGGAUGAGGACAUGAGGGAUGGGGAGAUGAGGGAUGAGGACAUGAGGGAUGGGGAGAUGAGGGAUGAGGACAUGAGGGAUGGGGAGAUGAGGGAUGAGGACAUGAGGGAUGGGGAGAUGAGGGAUGAGGACAUGAGGGAUGGGGAGAUGAGGGAUGAGGACAUGAGGGAUGGGGAGAUGAGGGAUGAGGACAUGAGGGAUGGGGAGAUGAGGGAUGAGGACAUGAGGGAUGGGGAGAUGAGGGAUGAGGACAUGAGGGAUGGGGAGAUGAGGGAUGAGGACAUGAGGGAUGGGGAGAUGAGGGAUGAGGACAUGAGGGAUGGGGAGAUGAGGGAUGAGGACAUGAGGGAUGGGGAGAUGAGGGAUGAGGACAUGAGGGAUGGGGAGAUGAGGGAUGAGGACAUGAGGGAUGGGGAGAUGAGGGAUGAGGACAUGAGGGAUGGGGAGAUGAGGGAUGAGGACAUGAGGGAUGGGGAGAUGAGGGAUGAGGACAUGAGGGAUGGGGAGAUGAGGGAUGAGGACAUGAGGGAUGGGGAGAUGCGGCAUGGGGAUAUAGCAAGGGGGAAUAGAGCAGGGGGGUAUAGAGCAAGGGGGAAUAGAGCAUGGGGGAAAUGGGAUGAAUGCAAAGGGAUUGAGAUUGAGCAGAGGGCAUAUGGGGGAUGGGGAGGGGAGGCAUGGGGAGAUGAGGGAAGGGGAGAUGAGGGAAGGGGAGAUGAGGGAAGGGGAGAUGAGGGAAGGGGAGAUGAGGGAAGGGGAGAUGAGGGAUGGGGAGACGAGAGUGUGGGGUGUGGCGUAGCUGGAGGAAGGGGUGGUGCUUGGCGCAGGGAGUCCCCAUUCUCGUUAGAGGGGAGGGAGCGUGGGCGACGGGAGGGAGGGAGCGUUAGGAGUGACGGAUGGGUGUGCGCGUACGCGACGUAA